AUGGAACCCGACGGUCGUUAUCGAUGGUCCUAUGUCUGCAUUAAUCCAGAGAGGGCAUUCGAGAUAAACGCACCAGACGGGACCAACGCUUCCAACGAAAGUAUUGCCGUGAGGAUUGCUUCAGUGCCGCUUACAAGGUAUUCUGCGCCGACCAAGGACCAGGAUCGACUGAUUGAUCGCUGGUGGUGGAUGCUUCUGGUCGAGACGCGCGCCCUGGAUGCAUACCCAUGGUGCGGCCGUCCCGUACGUGACAAUCAGCUCAAAAUGGUCCAGCUUCAAGGUAUCUCCAGCCCAGGGCUUCAUGCUUCGUCUGCCAACUCCGAGUCGGGCGAAGCCAGCUGGAGCCCGAGACUUCACUAUAGCCAAUCAUACACUGGCUUCGACUCGCCAGCGGUUGGCUCGACGCCGAUUGCAGAGUGCAAGAGACCAUCUUUUCGCUCAACUCGCCUCAAAGAAACGGAUAGCCUCCUCUCGGAGACGGUGUGGACCAAGAGCCGUGCUGGUAAAAGAGCAGGCCGUCGCAACUACAUCUUUUUCCUUGUCGGAGUAACAAUUGGUGUCCUCGCAGGUGCAGGCUUCCUCGUGCAAGGCUUUCUCAGCGUCAAGAAGAACAACUACUGUCUUGUGUUGGAAGACAACUUUGACGGACCGCUCGAUACUUCCGUUUGGAAGCACGAACUUCAGACAGGCGGCUUCGGAAACCACGAGUUCCAAUGGACCACCGACUCGCUUAACAACAGCUUCACCGAGGAUGGACAUCUCUACAUUGUACCGACCCUGACCUCGGACCAGCUUGGUAUGGCCGCUAUCACCAACGGAUACCAGCUUAACCUGACGCAAGCGGGUACCUGCACAGCCUCGAACCGAACAGAUGCGAAUUGCGCGGCGACCUCCAACUCGACCAUUGGAACCAUCUUACCACCUGUUCAGAGCGCACGCCUGACGACCCGAGGCACUCGUUCCAUCAAGUUCGGCCGUGUGGAAGUACGCGCCAAGCUUUCCAAGGGCGACUGGACUUGGCCCGCCAUCUGGAUGAUGCCGCGGGACAACACGUACGGAGAAUGGCCCGCCUCAGGGGAGAUCGACAUCGUCGAGUCCAAAGGUAACAUUGUCAAGUCGCGACGCGACUACUUUGGCAAUGUGAUCCGAUCGACACUUCAUUACGGACCUAACUCGGAGCAAGAUCAUUGGUACAGCACAACCGCAGUUUCACAAAUCCUUCGCAACUACUUUUACGAUGGGUUCGAGACCUUUGGCCUUGAAUGGGAUGAGGACUCCAUCUGGACGUGGAGGGGGAGUCGAGCCCGCAGAGUUCUCGAGAAGAAGUUCGAUCGCGACAUGUGGUCUUCUUCGCACUUUCAGACUUCUACAAGCAACGGCACCGUAGUCGACAAUCCAUGGAAGGCGAGCAAGCAUGCCAAGAUCGCGCCCUUUGAUCAGGAUUUCUAUCUUAUUCUCAACGUCGCCGUCGGCGGCACCAACGGCUACUUUGCUGACAAUGACGUGGCGACGCCGGACAAGCCGUGGUCCAACUCGGGCGCCAACCCACGGGCUGACUUCUGGAGCGCUCGCGAAUCGUGGUUUAACACAUGGCCCAAGGACCCAAAGAAGCGAGAGCAGCAACGUCGCGGAAGCUCUGUCUUUGUCUAUAAGUACAGCCUGUUCUACGGAUACCCCAUCGAUCUUGUCCUCAUCAUCAAUCAUCACACCAAUCAAGGCCUCACUAAAGAGACCAUGAAGCUCAGCCUCUCCCUCUCCGCCCUCUUGGCACUCUUGCCUCUGGCGCUCGCUGCCCCUUCCCCCGAUGUGAUCGGAGAGAUCGACAUCGGCGACUUCUUGGAUCUCCCGGCCCCUACUGCCGUUCCUGUGGAAGUUGUCUCCACCUCUGUCAACCUUGCCGCUGUUGCCACCUCGCUGUCAAUCCAGCAGAGCGUCACCGCCGACGGAAGUACCCCGACCGUGAUCCCUCUCCGCAAGCGUCAGGGCUCCUGCCAGCCAUUCUCCUCCUUCGCGCAAACCAACCCGGACAUCACUCCAGGCACCGUGUCUGCUUUCCAGAGCUACCAGCCCUGGCAGGCUGCCUCGGGCGCCCUUGGAACCUAUGGACUCCCCAUCUAUGAAGGUACCAACUCUGUUGGACCCAAGAACGGCUUGCUCAGCGUCGUCACCUACAACAGCUACGACCCCAACGUCUGCAAGGCCAAGUGCGACAGUCUCUCGAGCUGUGCUUCUUUCGCAAUCUGGCGCGAGCGUGUCCCAACUCAGAAGUACGACGCUAACACGUGCCCUAGCCCUUCCACCGAUGCCGCUUACCAGACCAAGUGCUUGUACUACUCGUUCAAGCUCGCGGCCAGCGAUGCUACCAACAAGGGUCAGUGGACGAACAAUGGCAAGUUCAACGUUGUGCAGACCUCGGUGAAGUUCUUCAACAAGGACGCCUUUGUGCCGGCCGCAGUCGAUGGCUUCUCUGGCCCUACGGGAGACUGGGGAGUUUGUGCCCCACAGGGUCUGACUGCGGAUGGCGACGAUGUGCAGACUGCUGCUGGCAAGUUCCACGCCGAUGUCCUUGCCCGUACACCUGGUCCCAUGACCACUGCCAUUGACCCCAGCUUCUGCGCUUCUACCUGCAAGUCGAUCACCUCUGGUGGACAGCCCGAUGACGUGUCGGGCAUCAAGCUGAACUGCAACAUGUUCAGUCUCUUCCUCCUGCGCGCUAACGGAAAGGACGCUUGGCAGUGCCAGUACUGGACCAAGGACCUGGAUGCAAGCAGGAACACCAACUGCGGCCCUAACAAGCUCGUGGUUGCCAGCUGGAAGUACGUCACCUCCGGCAGCAACGCUGUGGCUCCCUACGUCAACACCAAGCCUCAGAUAACCCCGCCCACGUGCACUGGUAGCGACAGCAGCACAUUCGGUGUUCGAUGCAUCGAAGACUUCAAGACCGCCGACCAGCGAAGCGACUUCGCCACGCCCUGGAGCUCGAAGGGACUGGCUUAUGACGAAACGCACUACGAAUACCAGACGAGUAAGCUGAUCGGGUUCACCGACCCUAGUAACCUUCAAUGGUACAUCCACAACAACCAGUGGAACCAACUCGAUGCAACCAAGUUGGCCACUGAUGGCUUCUUUGGCAUGGCUCGCGGGUACGGCAACAACCAAUUCCAGUGGAAUGCUGCUGGCUUCGUAUUUGACCUUGAGUCCAUCGACUUGGCAACCUGGUUUGUCAACAGCAUGCAGGCGGGAGACACUUUGUCUGUCUGCGGUCUGCGCAACGGCCAAGUUGUGGGGCAAUGCACCGAUCCGGUCGCAGUUCCCCUCAAUGCUGGCGAUCAGAUGAUCCACGCUACCGGACUUCUCGACCUUGGAUUCAAGAAGAUCGACGGGCUCCGAUUCAUCAAUCCUUCGGGCCGAGGUGGAUGGGUGGUAAUGAGGAACCUUGUCAUCACGCGAUACGCUGUUCCCAACGCUCGUCGAGAGGUGCAGACCAUCGGCGGGUCUGUAUCGGAUGCUCCUGAACUUAGCAGACGCGAUGACGCCGAUCUUGUCCCGACCGGCGCCAUCUCCACGCAGGUCGCAGUCGCUUUCAAGUCUGCAGACUGA